AUGAAUUCGUUCGUUUAUGAUUUGCUCAUCUUCAUUUUAAUCUCUAUUCAACCUGGACACAGUUAUCCAACUGGUGCACCAGUAACUGAAUGCGCAUCAAUGUCGCCUCAACAUAAUGUUGCUUCUCAAGAAUGUUCAUCGAAAUAUACACUUAAUGUCGACAAAUCACAAUAUUAUAUAAAUGACACGGUUCGUAUUACUAUUCGUGGUUCGACAAAUAAUGAUACAUUUCGAGGUGUUCUAAUAAUAGCAAAAACAAAAACCAAUGAAGCAAUUAUUGGAACUUGGUCAGUAGCAGGCUUAGAUAUUAAAACAAUUGCCUGUGGUGGAAAAUCAGAUACUGGUGUAACUCAUAACUCACGCACUGAUAAAUCAUCGAUAGAAGCCAUUUGGUAUCCGCCAUCAAAUAUAACCGAUAAUUUUACUGUUAUCAAAGCAACAAUUGUUACAGCAUAUGCACAAAUAUAUGUUGGUUGUUUUAGUACUACAUUAACUGCUAAAUAUAGUGAUCCAUCUAUUGUUGGAGAAAAUACAACUGGUGCUGUCGUUACUAAUAAUACUAGUUCUUCUUCUCCUCCUACUACUACUACUACUACUACUUCUAUUACUUCAACAAGCAACGAUACUGGCGUUGUUAUUAGUUGGACAUAUGCAAAUGGUAUUACAGCUGUUAAAAUGCAAAUUAAUAAUUUAAAAACAUCACAAUGGUUAGCUUUGGGUCUUUCACUUGAUAGUGAAAUGGGUGAAGAUCAUGUUUUUGUUUGUAAACAUUUAGCUGACGAUACACUUUCAGUCGAGCGUCGUAUUAAUCCAGGUAGUACUUCACCACCAAUUUUAGCUAGUACAAUGAGAGAUCCAGGUGGUACAUUAACUACAAGUUCAUUGAAAUUAGAAAAUGGUAUAGCUUAUUGUGAAUUUAGUUUAUCAAAUUUUACUAGUUCAAAACAACGACGACGACGUGAUAUUUCUGCAUUAUCUCAAUCUACAACUUAUAUUCCACUUAUAGCUAUGGGAGAUUUAGAUAGUUCAGGUGAAAUGAGACAGCAUACAACACGUACACCAUUAUCACAAAAUGUUCAACUUAAUAAAGAAACAACAAUUACUUAUAAUGCAGAUUUAACUGAAUCUUCACGAACAAGUUUAAUGAAAGCACAUGGUAUUAUAAUGUUAUUUACAUGGAUAUUUUAUGUUCCAACUGGUAUUCUUAUUGCACUUUAUUUUAAAAAAUGCUGGCCAAAUAGAAAAUUAUGUGGGAAACCAAUUUGGUUUGCUGUUCAUCGUGCAUUAAUGACAAUUGCUACUGUAUUAACAUUAAUUGCAUUUAUACUUAUUCUUGCUUAUAAAAAAGGUGAAUGGGUAUCACGAAAAGAAAAUCUUGAAUAUAGUCAUUCAAUUAUCGGUAUAAUGGUAGUAUGUUUUACUCUUAUUCAAUUAAUAAUGGCAUUAUAUCGUUGUGAACCUCAUGAUAAAUAUCGUUUUAUUUUUAAUUAUUUACAUGGAUUUCUUGGUAUAUUAUCAUUGAUAUUAGCAACUAUAGCAAUUUUUAUUGCAAUGUUUUUUGACAAUUUUAAUUUUAAAACUUCUGCAGAAUGGGGAAUUUUAACUGCAUGGACAUGUUGGAUAUUUAUUUUAUUUUUGAUAUUCUGGAUGAUUGGAUAUUGUUUUAAAGACGAUUCAGUAAAAGAAAUUAAUAUGACUUCAAUUGAAUUAAAUGAUCGAAAUCAAUAUUCACCAACACCAAGUAAAUCAAUACAACCAGAACAUAAUGUUAAAGAAGAUUGGAUUAAAGGAAUUUUGAUUUUAAUUCAUAUAAUAAUUGCUUUCGCAUUAUCGUUAGCAUUGGUUAUUCUUGUUGGAAAAGCAUAA